AUUGCAAUCAAGUUCUGGUUAUUUAACCAGAGAUUUAGAGUUUGUGCUCCCCCCCUCCCCAAUCGUCGCUGUCAGUCCCGCCCCUCCCCUUUGCCCUUGACGUCCCGACGUCCCGUGGAGGUCACGUGACACCUCAGCCUUGCGGACGCUCGCCAGGCAACGGUCCUGGUGACCGACGCCGCCGGCCGCACCAUGAACGUGAUUUACCCGCUGGCCGUGCCCAAGGGGCGCCGGCUCUGCUGCGAGGUGUGCGAAGCCCCGGCUGAGCGGAUGUGCACGGCCUGUACAGUCACUUAUUACUGUGGCCCUGUGCAUCAGAAGGCUGACUGGGACAGCAUCCAUGCGAAGAUAUGCCAGCUGCUAAUUCCUCUGCGCACCACCAUGCCCUUCUACAACUCAGAGGAAGAGAGGCAGCAUGGUCUGCAGCAGCUGCACAGUCGACAGAAGCACCUGAUUGAAUUCUGCUACACCGUUGCCCAGAAAUAUCUUUUUGAAGGAAGACAUGAAGAUGCUGUCCCUGCUGCUUUGCACUCCCUUCGUUUCCGCAUGAAUGUGCACGGCCUGAGCUCAGUGGAGCUUGUGCCUGCUUACCUGCUCCUGGCUGAGGCCAGCCUUGGUCUGGGCCGGAUAGUGCAGGCUGAAGAAUAUCUAUCCCAAGCCCAAUGGACAGUCCUCAAGUCAACUGACUGUAGUAACGCCACCCACUCUUUACUGCAUCGGAACCUGGGCCUUCUCUAUAUAGCCAAGAAGAACCUCGAUGAAGCCCGGUACCAUCUGGCUAAUGAUAUUUAUUUUGCCAGCUGUGCUUACGGGACAGAAGAUGUCAGGACCUCAGGAGGCUACUUCCACCUGGCCAACAUUUUCUAUGGCCUUAAGAAAAUGGAGCUGGCUGACACACUGUAUACAAAGGUCUCGGAGAUUUGGUAUACAUAUCUCAACAGUCACUAUCAAGCCCUCUUAGAGGCUCGUUCCCAACAAACAGAUUUACUGGGGAAACAGUUUGUGAAUGACACCGGCUUGGAUGAAGCUCAGGAAGCAGAAGCCAUUCGGACCCUAACUUCAAUCCUGAUCAUUCAAGAAUCAACUUCCACUAAAGCGCCCCAAAAAAGCAUCCUCAUUCUGAAGACCCUGAGCAUACUUUACUAUCUGAUGCUGGAGUAUUCACAGGCCAAGGAAUAUGCCAUGAAAGCCCUCAGUCUAGCUGAGACAUAUAUCAGUGAGGAGGAACAAAGGUUUAUUCAAGAGUUGCUGAGUGCCAUCUCAGCUGAGGAGAAACAGCUCACGACCUAGAGAGUGCCUGCCCCGAUGGUGCUGCCAGGGGUGGGGUGGGGUGGGGGUGGGGUGGGGCUGUGGCCUGAUGAUGGGAAGCUGCUCACAGGGCCUCUGGCCUGCCCCUCCCCUCCCCGGGGACCUCCUGUUAGCUUGUGAUGUAUAGAGCUUUGGGCACAGUGCUCAAUAAAACUGUUGUUUCUCAUGA